UGAACGAAUGUGUACCUUUGACAUUGUUUAAACCGCCUCCGAACAUCUCAAGGAGGGAAUAUGAAUGUGUCACAGUUUCUUGUAAUAAUUUUACUAUCGUUGUGUACGUAUGUAGUGUUUGGCAACGAUAGAUGUGAUAAUGUGAAGACUCCGGUCAGUGUAUUGAGGAAGAGAAGGCAUUUGACGUUUCCUGAAGGAACGGCGAUGGUUUUGACCAUGUCUGUGCUGAAAACGGUGAUGGUACACGCUCCAUCAGGUUGGAAUGUGGCUGUCGAGAUCGAUGUUAUCUAUCCCUUGCCGAGUGCAGAGAUGAUCAACUUGCUGUUUAGAAGAAAGUUGCAUCAUCGACAGAAGAGGGAACUUUGGGAGAAGUUGCAACAUGCGUUGCAGAGUUACAACUUGGACGGUCGCUCCUGUAUUUAUCGGAGCAUAUGUGAAGCGAGAACACACUUGGCUCCACCGGGGAAGUCCUUGGUGCAUGACAUUUUGAGGGCUGUAUUUACCGCCCCAGUCCACGAGGAAGGAUUUAAAGAGGAAGUUAAUGAAACUUAUUAUGAGUUAUUGGAACCAAACGUCUGUGAAAGAAUCCACGAUUGCCCUAUUUCGAUACUGGAAGUUGUAUUGGGUUUGAAUAAAAACAGCUAUUUUUGAUCAUGUGA